CUCUUUUUCGAGCACAACCGAGCCGGCAACGAAACUUGAGACUUCGCGCGAUCUUCGUAGAAACAACAGCUCUUUCACCGCGAGUAGUUCCCGCAAAGUAACCUCGUGGCAGCACCACCGCGAGGGUCAAGUACUGCAGUGACACCGUCGCCAAGUACUGCAGCAACUCCAUCACCACCAAGAGGGUCAAGUAUUGUAGUAGCCGCAGUGUUGCCACCGCCAAGAGGGUUCAAGUAGCUUCAAGAAAGACCACGGCUGCAACGUCACCGCGAGGAUCACGUACUGCACCAGCAGCAACGAUAAGAGGAAGUGCAACUGCAUUUUCCUUACGGUGGUCGAUAACUAGGGAUUUAAGAGAGCAAGGACUCCUGUACCUAAAGUUGUGGAGCAGUCAGCUAGCAGCAGAGCAAGCAUAUCAGCUGAAAUCGCUAAGCUCGAAGACUCAGACACACAGCAGCAAGUCUAUAACGGCAGUGGCAAAUGCCACAAAUUUGGAGGCGACAGCGCGCCUUGCGGGCGCUUAGGCGUGGGAUUCGAUCUGUGGCGCUUGGUGAAAGCAUUGAGGUUAUAUUUGACCUUUCGAUGAUGACGAUGAGAUGUCUUUGCUAGAAACACCGGAACCCGAUAAUGACAGGCUGAUGCAGUUCAUAGAAGCAUACUGGAUGAUAAGUAAAUCCCGUUAUUUGAACAAGCGAGAUCCUGUGUCACGUGACCCGGACACAUUGGACUUUUGGCUCAACCAGCUUGACGAGCGACGAUUCACCCAAGAUUUCCGCGUCACGAGGUUUCAAUUUACACAGAUCGUGGAUUUGAUUAAAGACAACCCAGUUUUUUUUUUUACAACUCGAACGUUCCUCAGACGCCAACUUCGUGCCAGCUCACGGUUGCGCAAUAUCGAUUUGGGUGUGAUGGCAAUGGUGCAUCGAUUGGAAAGUUAGCACGCCAUUUUCUGUGCUCUGAAGGUGGAGUCGAGCUGUUGACCGAUUGCUGUAUAGUCGCGCUGGUGGCGCUGAACAGCAGGCAGUUGCGUGGCCAGAUAAUCAGGAACGCGAGGAAAUUAGCGCUCGAAUCGAGGAGAUCUCGGGAUUUCGACAGUAUAUCGGCUUUGUCGAUGGAACUCUGUUUCCUUUCGCAGCAAAACAAGAACUUGAGGGUGUAGACUAUUACAGCCGCAAAUGCUGCUAUGAAAUGGCAGCUCUCGUGGUUUGUGAUGAUCACAAAAAGUUUUAGGUAUCUCUAUACAGGAUGGGCUGGUUGUUCACAUGAUGCAAGAUUAAUGGCUAAAUGCGACCUACAGACAUGCAAAACUGAGAUGUUUGAGGGCGACCAGUACCUUCUAGCAGACUCUGGAUUUGCUCCAGAUACUAACAUCGUUCCUGUGUUCAAAAAGCCUCGCAAGGGUCAGUUAACAACGCCACAGGGAAGGUAUAACAAGGAACUCAGUAAGAUUCGGGUUUGAAACGAGCACUGUAUUGGAAAUUUUGAAGGGAAGAUUUUUCAAUUUGAAAAGGCUGAGGCUGAGGCUUCGUAAUGAGCAUGAUGAAGAGUGAGCUGGGGCUUGAAUUCGUGCUUGGGCUGCCUCCAUAACAUACUCCUGGAUGUUCCUGGAGUAGCUGAUUCUGAUGACGAAAAUCCCAACGUGUGGACCCCAGUAGCGAUGGAGCUGCCCGAUUUAGUAGACGAUGGAAACUUUGAUAACGCGUUAAUUAGAUCGGCGGACACGCAAGGAAAACUCAAACG